GCUAGAGGAAGACCAAAGAGAAGGUUGAUGGAUGUCAUGGGGGAAGACAUGAGGACAGUUGGUGUUCGAGAGGAGGAUGCAGGAGAUAGGCUUACAUGGAAAAGGAUGACGCGCUGUGGUGACCCCUAAAGGGACAAGCCGAAAGGAAAAGAAGAAGAUUUAUUUAUUCAUUUAUUUUAUUUAUUAUUCAUUAAUAAUUAAUAUUAGGGAUGUGCUAAUAACUCUACAGUAUAACUGGGUUUGAAAAGAAAUUCUAACUUCAUGUCUGGCUGGACUAUUGCUCAAUACUAUAGUGCAUAAGGUAGACUUCAUACAAAUGACUCCGUACACUUUUGCGCUCUACUGAGCGUAGUUUUUCUAGAGGUAAAAAUAAAAAUGUGUUCUGGUUUUCACGCUACAUAUUUGUUAUCCUGUAUUUUUUAACAUCGCAGUUUUCACUAUAUUGCCAAAAGUAUUCGCUCACCUAUCUUGACUCAGAUAUGAAUUUAAGUGACAUCUCAGUCUUAAUCCAUCGAGUUUAAUAUGACAUUGGUCGACCCUUUGCUGUUAUGUUUAGGCUUUACACGAUCAGCAUUUUUGGGACCGAUCACCGAGUUUAAAAAAACGAUAACCGAUCCGAUCACAAGAUGGAACAAUGUGUCUAUUUAACUGACUUGUUCAUUUACUGUAUACUUGUGUACUUAAUUGCUCAAAAAAAUUAUAUUUACAAUAAAUAAUGUAUCUUUGUUCAUCUACUUAUGCCAGUGAGGCAUAGUGACAGACAGAACAAAUGAAUGGCCUUCUAUUAGAUGGCAGGAAGUACAUACAGUAAUUAAUGUAUCCACAUUUUGGACAUUUUUGUUUGUUGGUGUGCCGUGAGAUUUUUCAAUUGUAAAAUAUGUGCCUUGGCUCCAUAAAGGUUGGAAAUCACUGCUCUAGUCAGAUCAUGUAUUCUAAUCAGUCAGGUCAAAUCAACUUUACAACAUGACAGAAAUAAUGGGUGCUAACUUUAUUGUAAUUAAAUUAAUUCACACACACCAAAACUUUAGCGCAUGAUUCGACAGAACGCCUGUAUGUUUGCUUACAACAGUUCAUGCUAGCACUAGUCUGCUAGGCUACAUAACGUUUUGUUGCCUGCUUGGGAGCCGUGUUGUAUUAAAAGUACGUGAACAUACCUCAAGCAAACCUUAAACGAACAUCCUCUCCCAAGCACCGGUGACCGCCAACACAGAUUUUUUCCCAUUUUGUUCUUAUAAACACACGAUGCGAUCCAUUAUUGUUGUCGCAGUUGAGUUGACAAGAUGAAGCCCACUGAUCGUAAAAAUGCGGGAUGCGGUGGUAUCAUGAUACAAUAUUUUAUUGCAGUAGUCUGACAUAGUGCAAUCGUGAAAGACCAAAUUUGUCUUGUAGUCUGAUCUGGGCAUUACGUGUUGUCUGUCCCACACCGCCGACAUGUUUUUGUUAAAAAUAACUUUAUUGGUGGUAAGAUAUUUACAGUACUACGUCAAAAGACACGCUGCGACGAGGCUCAAAAUAACCUAGCUUUUGGAUUCGAAAAUACUGUACAGAACGAUGAUGUGGAGUAAAUGUCUUUUGGGGAGCCGAUCAACGAUUGUAUUGGCGAAUUAUGACAUUAAAGCUGAUCAGCAUAAAAAUGCUAAUUAUCGGCCGAUACCGAUAAGGCCGAUCAGAUCGGUGUAAACUCUAGUUAUGUUAGAGGUAUAAAAAGAGAACAAAGAGAAGUCACGGCCUGGGUUUAGCCUGCUGACCCUUCAAACCUCUAUUACCCGGUUCGAUAAUACAGAGUCAAACAAUAAGGUUGGUGAAGGUUGAGCACUGGGCUCUCCCGCACGUGGCUCAGAACAGCGUCCGUACGUCCCUACUUUCAUCGUAGUCUUUUGUGGCCAAAGACUGCUUCCUGUCGUGACGUUGUGCAGUCUCGGACCAAUCCUAGCUUCGCCCCGUUGUCCGGGUACGUUCAGCAAUUCAGUCCGAAGCUCUCACCGCGCCCCAAGAUUGCGGUACUCAGAGACAGAGUGUGCUCCAUUUAGUCUAACUUUAUGAAUGAACGUGUUGGCUAUUGGCAGGGAUACAUCAGUACAUCUGCUAUAUUGAAAGUUCUGCUUGUAUCGAACGUCACACUCCAACAACGCUCCGAGUUACAGAAGGUUCCGGGGUGCAGAGAGCGUGCCCGGAAUGAAUUUCCCAAUGUACCCUGUGAUGAUAUGAUAUUUUGUGCGUUUGUUGUGUCGGUGCGACUAAGUGUAAUGCAACUAUAUGUUUAGAACAAGAUCUGGAUGUAUAUCUGUAAUGGGAUAUAUCAAACAAAAAGUAUAUGCAGUGCUGUGUCAGCGUGCAGCCAGUUAUUUCUAUUUAUUUCCCCUGUUGAGGUGGCCCAUUCGGGUCACCUCACAAUUGUAUGUGUAACACUGAAGUACCUAGACCCGACAGGUUUGACUUAAACUCCGGCACUGGGCGAUGAAUAGGUGUUUGCGACAGUUGGAAAAACCUAACAAUACAUAUUGGGGGGAAAAAAGUGGGGACUUGUUCCCCCUAGGUGUUUGUGCAUGAUCUAUAUGUAUUCUAUAUGUAAACCUCCAUACCCAGCACGAAGUACCCGGCCCCCAACGGGUUUGACUUAAACUCCGCCACUGUGCGGUGAGUGGGUGUGUGUUAAAUUUGGAAUAUCUAACAGUAUGUUUUGAACUGAAUGGUGGGGACUAACUCCCCUUAAAAGUCCAUAAGGUCCUUGGACCUCCACAUACGCAAUGAGCAGUCUAAACAAUAAACUUUCCCUGCAACAGUGGUACCAUGUGUUAACAUCAGUGACAGCGUGAAAUGUAGACCCUACAUUAAAUUCCUACGUCGACAUCAGGCGCAAAGAUGUUGACCGAAUCCAGUUCGUAGUGCGCCACAUCCAACGCCGCCAGCUCCAGCCUGAGCUCAGAUGUUUCCUCCUGAGGAUCUUCCAUCCUAUCCACCAUCUGGUCCCCUUACAAAGAAACACUCUGAUGAUUUAAGUGAUAGUGACCGCGCAGCAGAUGAAGACAUCAGGGAGAGUGGAAGCCCCAAACCCGUGAUGGUUUUCAUCCAUGGUGGAUCCUACAUGGAAGGAACUGGGAACCUUUUUGAUGGCAGUGUCCUGGCCAGCUAUGGGAAUGUGAUUGUCAUCACGGUCAAUUACCGGCUGGGUGUUCUAGGUUUCCUGAGUACUGGCGACCAGGCAGCAAAGGGAAAUUAUGGUUUGUUAGACCAAAUCCAGGCUCUUCGCUGGACCAGUGAGAAUAUUGCAGCCUUUGGUGGUGAUCCUUUACGUAUAACUGUGUUUGGCUCAGGGGCUGGAGCCUCCUGUGUCAACCUUCUCACACUUUCUCACUACUCAGAGGGCAACCGCUGGAGCAACACCACAAAAGGCCUGUUUCAAAGGGCCAUCACCCAGAGUGGCACAGCGCUGUCAAGCUGGGCUGUUAGCUUCCAGCCAGCUAAGUAUGCUAGAACCCUGGCCCGCAAAGUUGGCUGUAAUCUUGAGGACACAGUCGAGCUCGUGGCGUGUCUUCAGAGAAAACAUUACAAAGAGUUGGUGGAUCAAGACAUCCAGCCAGCACGGUACCACAUUGCCUUUGGACCUGUUAUUGAUGGUGAUGUAAUCCCUGAUGACCCGCAGAUACUCAUGGAGCAAGGUGAAUUCCUAAACUAUGAUAUUAUGCUCGGAGUGAAUCAGGGUGAGGGUCUUAAAUUUGUGGAGCUGAUCGUGGACAAUGAAAAUGGUGUUCAGGCAAAUGACUUCGACUACGCUGUGUCUAGCUUUGUGGAUGACCUCUAUGGCUAUCCAGAGGGUAAAGACAUACUCAGAGAGACCAUCAAGUUUAUGUACACAGAUUGGGCUGAUCGGCACAACCCAGAGACACGCAGGAAGACCUUGAUGGCCCUAUUCACUGAUCACCAGUGGGUGGCUCCUGCUGUUGCCACAGCAGACCUGCACUCUAGCUUUGGGUCUCCUACUUACUUCUAUGCGUUCUAUCAUCACUGUCAAACAGAACAGGUGCCACCGUGGGCUGACGCUUCUCAUGGAGAUGAGAUCCCCUAUGUGUUUGGCCUGCCAAUGAUUGGACCAACUGAGCUAUUUCCCUGCAAUUUCUCGAAGAAUGAUGUGAUGCUCAGUGCUGUGAUGAUGACUUAUUGGACCAACUUCGCCAAAACUGGGGACCCGAAUCAGCCUGUACCCCAGGACACCAAAUUCAUCCACACAAAGCCCAACCGCUUUGAAGAAGUGGCAUGGACACGCUAUAACCAGAAAGACCAGCUUUACCUGCACAUAGGCCUCAAGCCCCGUGUGAAAGAGCACUAUCGCGCCAACAAGGUUAAUUUAUGGUUGGAGCUGGUUCCUCAUUUGCACAGCCUAAAUGAUGUCACCCAUCUUAUUCCGACCACCACCAAGAUUUCUCCAUCAGGCGCAAGCAACCGCACCCCAAAACCAAAGGUUCAAGUGACUAAGAACUUCAACCCAACUCCAUUCCCAACUGAGACCCAGGACAUCCACAACCAACCACAUCUGGUGGACCAGCGUGACUAUUCCACUGAGUUGUCGGUGACUAUCGCUGUGGGAGCUUCUCUGCUCUUCCUCAACAUUCUGGCUUUUGCUGCUCUUUACUACAAGAAGGACAAGCACCGGCAUGACAUCCACAAGCGUUGCAGCCCUCAACAGAAUGCAAACAAUGAGCUCUCUCAUAGCCAGGAAGAGGAGAUAAUGUCUCUUCGGAUGAAGGAACACUCAGACCUGGACCAAGACUGCAGGCAGCUGGGUGAUUCUGUGAAUCCUCAUGAUGUGUUGCUAAGGACUACCUGCCCACCAGACUAUACUCUGGCCUUGAGGCGCUCACCAGAUGACAUCCCUCUGAUGACGCCAAACACCAUUACCAUGAUCCCCAGUACUAUUGGACGGCUUACCUCCCUCCACUCUUUCAGCACCUUUUCCAGCAGCGAGCAAAAUAACACUCUUCCCCACCCUCACUCACAUUCCACCACCCGAGUAUAGUCCUGGACAGCCACUCAAACAGGCAGGACUCUCCUAAUGCCACUGCUUUUUCAGAAACUCAAAUACCCUGUCAGGGGCUAACACCAGCCUGAACCACUAGUAGUGACAUUAUUAUCAAGGGAUAUAAGGCACUGUUUUUGCAUAAUAAAAAUCACAAAAAUGAAUAAGUACAAAACACCAAGAGUAAGAUAAUGAUCCAGGCACAUUCGUAUAUAUUUUUCAGCAUUUUUACUCUGAAAAUACAGCAAAAGAUGGAACUGUGUAAUCUGGAAGUAGGCUAUUGCUUGGAUCUGAGAUACAUGGGAAUAUAUACUCAAUGCACUGUAGACAACUAUAGGGCAGAUUCCAUUCAAAGCAAUUUUGGCAUGUACUUCAUGAAUGGAGACUUUUUUAAAUGAAAAGAUGAGAGAAAAAAAAGUUAAGGAAGCGUAUGUGAUAUGCACAAUGGAAACCUAAAGAAGUUUUUCAUUAUUGUAUUUUCAAGUUUGAGAAUCGUGAAAAAAGUUAACAUUAGAACAAUUAAAAUAUUUAAUGCUGCACUUUGAGCAUCGAUGCUUUAUAGUCAUUCUAUUGAAUUGGUGGCCUGGUCUACAACUGUCGCAGAAGGACUGAACCUUAGGAUAUGCAGACAGUUCCAAAGAAAUCUGGGGGACCAGAAAGAUAAGUAGAUUUUAACACAAUGUGCAUGACAAUUCAUUUUCUUAAUAGCAUUAAAAUGAUCAUUUUCGCCAUCUUCUAAGGAAGUUUAGUUGAAUUUCCUGAUUGGAUUAUCAGAAACACAUUCACACAAUUUAGUCAGAAAUUCAGUCCUUCUACCUAUGGAUAUUGUGGCCUGGGACUAGGUAAAAGAAGAGAUAAAAAUAUCUAAAUAUCAGAUGGAAAUAUGAGGACAAGCUUUGCAAUCUAUGUAUGUGGUAACAUUAAGGGGAACUUAAUCCCCCAAUUUUUUUAUUUUUUUUUGCAAGACAAUUGUAUGUGCCAGCAUUAGUCAAAACAAGGUACUCUGAUUAAUAUUGUGUUUGUGGAAUAAGAAUUAAAUGGAAUAAUUAAUCAUCA